AUCAAGAGGGAGGAGACGGCAACGGGAGAAGGAAAGCAGUGGAGAUUUUUUUUUUUUAACAUUCCAAUAUCAGAAAAAAAACGAGGCGACGUAGCUAACUUCUUCACCAUAGGAUCACAUUCACAGUUAAUGCAUUUGUAGAACAGGUCACUGUUUGAAGCUGACGCCAUGACAGCCGAGGAGACCAUCAACAUCAAGGAGGUGGAGAUCAUCAAGGUGAUCCUGGACUUCCUCAAUUCCCGAAAGCUCCACAUCAGCAUGCUGGCUCUGGAGAAGGAGAGCGGCGUGAUUAACGGCCUGUACUCAGAUGACAUGCUCUUUCUGAGGCAAUUGGUGCUGGAUGGCCAAUGGGACGAGGUGCUGCAGUUCAUUCAGCCACUGGAGUGUAUGGACAAGUUUGACAGGAAGCGGUUCCGCUAUAUCGUCUUGAAACAGAAGUUCCUGGAGGCACUGUGCGUCAACAAUGCCAUGUCUGCUGAGGACGAGCCACAGCAUCUGGAGCUGACCAUGCAGGAGGCGGUGAAGUGCCUCCACGCGCUGGAGGAGUUCUGCCUAUCCAAGGACGACUACAGCAAGCUAUGCCUGCUCCUGACCCUACCCCGCCUCACCAACCACGCCGAGUUCAAAGACUGGAACCCCAGCACGGCGCGCGUGCAGUGCUUCGAGGAAGCCUGCUCCAUGGUGGCCGAGUUCAUCCCAGCCGACCGCAAGCUGAGCGAGGCUGGCUUCAAGGCCAGCGGCAACCGCCUCUUCCAGCUGCUCAUCAAGGGCGUGCUGUACGAGUGCUGUGUGGAGUUCUGCCAGAGCCGGGCCACAGGCGAGGAGAUCACGGAGAGCGAGGUGCUCCUGGGCAUCGACAUGCUGUGUGGGAACGGCUGCGACGACCUGGACCUCAGCCUGCUGUCGUGGAUGCAGAACAUGGCGCCCGGUCUGUUCUCCUGCGCCUUCGAACAGAAGCUGCUCAACAUCCACGUGGACCGGCUGGUGAAGCCGGCCAAGGCGGGGCACGCCGACCUACUGACGCCCCUCAUCAGCAAGCUGUCGCCGUACCCUUCCUCCCCGCUGCGCAGACCCCAGUCCGCCGAUGCCUACAUGUCCCGUUCCCUCAACCCCGCCCUGGACGGCCUGUCCUACGGCCUCUCCGGCCAGGACAAGAGGGCGUCAGACGGGGCGGGCCGGACGUCGCCCAUGUCGCACUCCUUCGCCAACUUCCAGUACCCCGGCGGGCCCAACCUGAGCCGCAGUUUGAUGAUGGAGAGUACCGGAUGCCACAGCAUCUUUGAGGAGUCGCCAGAGAGUUCCAGGACUGACACACCAGUUGACCAAAUGCUGGGUUCAGAAAGGCCUACCUCAGGCCCCGGCAGGGAUGCUGUGUCUCCAGGCUCUGCAGAGAAGAAUGAGCUGCGGGACUCAGCGGAGCAGUUCCAGGAGUACUACCGUCAGCGCAUGCGCGUGCAGCAGCACCUGGAGCAGAAGGAGCAGCAACGACAGCUCUACCAGCAGAUGCUCCUGGAGGGAGGCGUCAACCAGCCUGUGGGGUCCGACGUCCAACAGAACCUAACUGAGAAGUUCCUCAACAGGUCCAUUCAGAAGCUGGAGGAGUUGAACGUGGGGAUGGAUAGUCUUGGUGAGGAGGUGCAUUCCCUGAGCCAGCAGUGCAACGGGAAUGCAGAAAGCAUUGGCACCACCCCUGGCGCCAACAUUACCCUCGUGCCAGAGCCCGGAAAGCCGCCAGACACGGCUGGCACGCUCAGCAGCACCCCCCAGAGGGGUGAGGCGCAAGGGUUGCCUGCGCUGGACGAGUCUCUGAUCCAGACCCCUAAGAACGUGCAGAACCCCUCUGGCUCAGAAGACGCAAACUCUCCAACACGAUGUCCAAAGGGCUCUGAGGGUGAUAAAUCCAAGGCUCACUUUGUGGCAGUCAACACUCUGGAGGACACCCAAGCCGUGCGCGCUGUGGCCUUCCACCCCACGGGGGCGCUGUACGCUGUGGGAUCAAACUCCAAAACGCUGCGUGUCUGCGCCUACCCCGAUGUCCUCGAUACAAGUGGUUUGGCCGCCUCCAAACAGCCGGUAGUGCGCUUCAAGAGGAACAAGCACCACAAGGGCUCCAUCUACUGCGUGGCUUGGAGCCCCUGUGGUCAACUACUGGCCACUGGCUCCAAUGACAAGUUCGUCAAGGUGCUGCCCUUCAACGCCGAGUCCUGCAAUGCCACAGGCCCGGACCUGGAGUUCAGCAUGCACGACGGGACCAUCCGGGACCUGGCGUUUAUGGAGGGCCCCGAGAGCGGGGGCUCCAUCCUGAUCAGCGCCGGGGCCGGGGACUGCAACAUCUACACCACCGACUGCCAGAGGGGCCAGGGGCUGCACGCGCUCAACGGGCACACAGGCCACAUCCUGUCCCUAUUUACCUGGGGUGGCUGGAUGAUUGCGUCGGGCUCCCAGGACAAGACGGUGCGCUUCUGGGACCUGCGUGUCCCCAGCUGUGUCAGGGUGGUGGGGACAGCUUUCCACGGGUCAGGCAGCCCGGUGGCGUCGGUUGCGGUGGACCCCAGCGGCCGGCUGCUGGCCACGGGGCAGGAGGACUGCGGCUGCAUGCUGUAUGACAUCAGAGGGGGCCGGAUGGUCCAGACGUACCGCCCUCACACCAGCGACGUGCGCUCUGUCCGCUUCUCCCCCGGGGCUCACUACCUGCUCACCGGCUCCUACGACACCAAGGUCAUUGUCACUGACCUGCAAGGGGACCUGACGAAGCAGCUGCCUCAGACGGUGGUGGGGGAGCACGGAGACAAGGUGAUCCAGUGCAGGUGGCACACGCAGGACCUCUCCUUCCUGUCCUCGUCCGCCGACAGGACCGUCAUUCUCUGGACCCACUGCCCGUAGGACCAGAGGGAGGCGAAGCACACAGACCCACUAUACAGGCACAAGACCCUCCCCCCCUCUCCGCUCCUCGCCUGCCACAAUGAACCAGAGGGACAGAAAGCAACUGCAACCAGGCUGGCUUGGUUAGGUCAGGCUCCGGGCGGUUUCCGAAUAUCUUUUAUUUAUUUUAUUUUUUUAGGGUUGGGUGUUACUGCAAUUUGAUCAAUUCCGACUCGGAUGCGGAUUCCGUUUUUUCGAAUUUGUUUCUUAUCGAAUCCUGAUUCCGAUUCUUAUAUUUUUGUGGAAGAAGUACCUUUAUUCUUGGCUGGUUUGGGUUGGUACAAACAUAAACUGCCGUGUUUUUCCUGAUAAUAGGUUGCAUUUUAUGAAAAUGUAAAUGCGUCUUUCUGAGCUGUAUUUAGUUACUUCAGCAAACAACUGAAAUGAAUGGCUUUAUGGUUCAACACGAAAUGGGGUAGGAAAAAGUCAUUGAGUUGAGAAAAUGUUUUGGUUUUGGUAGUUUCCUAGGAUAUGUUGAAAAAAUACGGAAACGGUGUUAUCCGUUUCAGUUCUUAGUUGCUCCUCUAGCUAAAAACUGGAGCCGGAUGGAACUAUUAUUCACAAAAUGAAUCCUAUUGUUUGGAAAAAUAGGAAGUGCUGAACUCUGAUUGGUGUUGGCAGGCGAUGUAUGUGAAAAGAUAAACCCUGGGCUACUUUUCUCAGAUGCCAUGUUGCUCGGGUUGAUGACCAUUCCUCAGCUUCACAGAAAAAUAACUUCUGGCAUCUGGUCGACCGAAGAGUAAACUUCGGGGGUGUCAAAAUGAUAUGCUUGCUUUUUAUUAUGAUGCACAUAUUCAUCAUGGCCAUUCUUUCCCUACAAAAACAAAAAAUCAGGAUUUAGUGGCAACUCUCCCAUGAUAAUCAGUUGUAAUCACUUGUUAUUUUAAUGCCUGCAUGCAUGCAUGCUAAACAUCUGCCAGUUCAUUGGAGGCAUACAUUUUAAGGUAAUCCAGUAAAAUCAGUGCUGAUCAGUGAGCUAGUUGUUUUGCUGCUGAAAUUAUAGCGCAUUGAAAUAAAAUGUGCUGUGGCUUUGCCGGCAAUGCAAGCCAAUAUUAUAUUGGCUUAAUAAAGAAUGUAUUAUAUAAAUAAUAAUGAAAAAAACAUUUUAAUUAAUUUCUUUAAACUUUGCUACUCUUUCUUCCUAACAAGACAAGCUGUGGCUGUGCGGCAAUGUAGCAAGACUGUUAUGUGUUCAAGUUUAUUCACAACAAAUGAGUUGGCAGCUUUGUACAAUCUCAUUGAAGAAACUAAGGUCACUGGCCUUUAUUCUUAGCUUGGUAGCUGUCCUUUUGAAAUGAAAUAUCUGUUGGUGGGAUCCAGUGAAAAAGACUGGAGGGCUCUUCUCAAAAGCUUGACUAACUAGCAACCAUUUUUUAGUCGUUUCAUAUGUUGCCAUUUUUGGACUGUAGCGAUACAGUUUGCCAAAUCCUGUACACAGCUCUGUAGAGCAGUAUUAAUCACUAAUCGGGGUGGCUCUUGAAAAUGAAUUCAGGGUAAUCCAAGCUUUUAGUAAGGGAGCAUGCAAACUGGUAGGUUGUUUGUGCCAUAAACCUAGAAAGAGAAGAAAUGUUUUUCCAAAAGUUUGCAAGAAGGUUCCGCAAUGUAGUGAGGUGGUCCCAAAGAAAGUUUAGGCGGGCGAUGCCCACCCAUAGAACCAGGCCUGGUUGGCACCAUUAGGUGUGGCAUCGUGCUACAGCUCUGGUUGUGGGCAGUGAGACGGAAACACAACAGAACUUUUGUCCCAACUUGUGCCAGCCUGGCUCCAGUCCCACCGUAUAAAUUAGUAGAUGGAUGCUGAUGUGUCUAUGCUUGUGCUAAUGGCAGUAAAGCUUUGCUGUGCUUUCGGUCAUUCCUCGAGCGUAACUGCUUCUUGUGACUCACUAUGGUCCAGUUGAAGAUGUGCGUAGUGAUUCCUCUGUCCUUGUAGAUGUGUACUUUCGGGGGAAAUAACCCUACUUAUAACUGUUUACAAUAGUUUUGUCUUGCUGCGUUCACUAAAAAAAGAAAGCACAUGCUUUGGACGCACUUAUCUGGACACUGAUACCGUUGACCAUUCCAGAAUUUCACACUCCCCAGAACCCCCCUCCCUGGAGAUCUAGGCCCAUCCUUUUCGAGCCAAAAUCGGAGAGCAAGAAAACACAGUAUGUUAGUUGUCUGGUGCCUUGAUAUAUCAAUUUGCAUAGAAAGCUUUAUCAACUCUUAACGAACUAGCUGGACUUACUUACAAUGUCAUUGAGACAAUAUUUUUGCACUGUGUAUGUGUAUGUGUUUUUAAUUUGUAUUUUAUUUUAUAGUGAGUUAUGCUGCUAUCAUUUUUUCCUCCACUUAAAGUAGAUCUACGUAAUGUUACCAGCUAUCUGGCAUGAAACAUCACAUGCUGUUUCAGAUGAGUCGGUCUAACACUGGCAGUAGAUGAAGGUAAAAAAAGAACUGUAAAAGAAUUUUGCCAUUCCUAAUUUCUGAUUAUCUUAUUGCGCUUACUGCGUAUCAUCUCAUACAUAUCAUUGUAAAUAAUGAAAAACUGUAUAGAGGAACACUUGUUUUUUAUGUUUUGUUUCAAAGGCGCUUGUAAAUUUGCUGCUUUCACGUGGUCCCUUUGAAUGGCUUGCUUGUAAGUAAAAGCACAAGACAAAUAUAGAACCAACAAAAACAACGUGAUAAAAAAAGGUAAUUUGCUCAUUCGUGUGGAGAACCUCAAAACCUGGGUGAAGCGAGCAGGAUCCUUAAAAAAUUUAACAUUCUGCAACCUCUUCACUAAUUUCAUAAUCUUUUCCCCAAUAUAAAUGCCAACUUGUACUGUAACUCAGUUCGCGUUUACACUGCCAGACCUUCGAUUAAACGUUUAUCUAAUGAUGGCAUCUGUGAAGAUUUAAUUGUGAGGGCAGUCUGCCGGUACAAAAAGGGAGCAUUUAAAAAAAUAUUAUCUGCUUCAGUGAAAUGUAUUUAAAAAAUGCAUGUGUUGCUUUUUUCCAUAAGCAUAAGAUAUACAGUUGUUUUGUAUUUUUUGCUAUUUUUGCCCUCCCCAGUUACGCCUUUCACUUCUUUCACGGAAGAGUACAGACAGCUUUUUCUCAUGAAAUGCAGACGAGACAAACUGCGUAAUACCCCAGACAGUGUUUAUUUUUGUUUAAAUUAAAUCCGAAAUAAGCAUAGAUGUAUUUAUUUAUUGUUUUUAAUGCGAAUGUUAAUGUUUAUAUUUUCUGCAAGAGCUCUCUGUGGAGUGAUGUAGCUUUUUCUGAACCAUGUUUAAAAAUGGACAAAAGGAAUCCUUCUCAAGUGUGACUGUAGCUGUGUUGUCAUAAAGGCCUUUCUGACACUUCA